UGCCGGCCGCCAGCAAGAUGUGGAUCGCGGUUAUCUUCUGUGCUGCUCUGCUGAGGAUUUCAUCAGCCUGCGAGUUUAGUCCGUCAUCCCCUCUGGAGACUGCGAUAGUCUGCAGGGUGACGAAGCCGGCUGCCUUGGUGUUGAACGAGCAAACGGCGCAGGUGAUCCAGGCAGCUUUCCGGCACGCAACAUAUCCAGACAUCAAUGGAGAGAAAGCGGUCAGAUUCCUGGGCAAAGUAACCUACGGUUUAACCAACAUCCAGAUCAGUAAUCUAUCGAUCGAGAGCAGCCAUGUGGAGCUGAGGGAAGAUGAUGCCGUUAACAUCAUGAUCCGUAACGUGAGUGCGUCGUUCAAAGGAACCCUGAGCUAUGGAUACGGAGCCUGGUUUGUGAAUGUGGGACAAACGAUUGACUUUGAACUUUUUUCCUCAACUGAUUUAGAAGUGAACACUAAACUGACUUGCGGAGGGAAGCGAGUGGCCGCCGACACGUCAGACUGUUACCUGACCUUCCAUCAACUUCUGCUGCACCUCCACGGAAACAAACAGCCCGGCUGGAUAAAGCAGCUAUUCACAGAUUUCAUUUCAUUUACUUUAAAACUUGUUCUUAAAAGCCAGAUUUGUAAGGAAAUUAACCAUGUGGCCAAUCUCCUUGCAGACUUUAUCCAGGACAGAGCAGAAAACUUCCUGAAUGAUGGUGAUAUCGGGGUGAACAUCGACAUCACAUCUUUUCCUGUGAUAAAAUCUAAUUACAUGGAAUCCCAUCAUAAGGGCCUUCUUCUCUAUAAAAACCUCACAGUACCAUAUAAUGGCUCUAAGUUUUCCCCUUCACUGCUAACGGAUCACAAGAUGCUCUACUUCUGGUUUUCCGAGGAUGUCCUGAACGCGCUGGCAUUGGCCUCGUUUUUGGACCAUCGCUUGGAGCUUUUACUCCCAGGAGCUGAACUUCAGGAGAUCCUGAAGGUUGAUGACACCGAAUCCCAUCAGGAAAUCGUACAAGAGAUCUUGGAAGAAUUGUCAACCAAUGACUCCCACACAAAAAUUAGGAGCCUCGCACCUCCUGAGAUCAGAAUCAAUCCAAAGGGAACAAUUGUUAAAUCAUCUGUAGCUGUCCAACUUCAGUCAUCGUCGGAUGGGAAGCCUCCCACCAACAAGUUAUAUUUUGAAACAGAUGUUACAGUCACAGUCCAGGCGUCCUACGCAGACAAGAAACUGAUGCUGCACCUUUCCGAUUCUGUAGUUCACAUCAGGAAUACCACUAGCUCCUUACAGACAUCUUCGAAUAAGGAAACAAUGAGGCAUUUUCUCCAUAAAACAGUGACUUUGUUUGGAAUCCCGAUGAUUAUGAAACGUCUAGAACCUACUUUGACAUCGCUGAUGAACAGUAAAGGACUUGCUUUGUUUGAUAUUAUAGAGCCUGAGAUAAUUCCAAAUGAGGGUUACUUGACAGUCCAGCUGGAUUUUGGAUUUCCUCAUCAUCUGCUUGUGGACUUUCUUAAGAAAUCUCUCUAGGAAUCUUUGGAAUUAACCGAUCACGAGAAUCAGGAUCACAUCGAUUGUCAGUUUAAAGACAGCAUCUUUUUACCUGUACAUCUUAAACUGUUUCCGUUAAAAUGUGUUUAAUCCGCUGAACAGUAAAUACUAGACAUUAAAACAUUUGUCUGCUGUGUCUA